CCUACCAACACACAAUGACUGCCGAUCUAAUGGAUUUACGAAUGCACCAUCACAUCGCCCUACAGACGGAGUUCUAUCGUCAUCAGAUGCAGAUGCAACGUUUACCAGAUCCGUACCCGGCGAUGCUACCGGUUCCGCCGCCGAGGUCACUGAUGAUCCCGCCGCGCUACAACGCCCUGCCGGAUGUGGACAUCAAGCUGCAGAACCGCGACCUCUGGAGUCAGUUCCACAAGAUCGGCACCGAGAUGAUCAUCACCAAGAGUGGCCGACGAAUGUUCCCCUCGAUGCGUCUGUCCGUGAAUGGGCUGGAAGCGGAGGAGAACUACUUCAUCCUGCUGGAGAUGGUCCCGAUCAGCGACUGCCGGUUCAAGUUCAGCGGUUCCCAGUGGGUACCGGCCGGUGGUGCCGAGCCGCAGAGUCCACAACGUAUCUACUUCCAUCCGGAUGGGCCAGCCCUCGGUUCCCACUGGACCUCGCAACCGAUCGUCUUCAACAAGGUGAAGCUCACCAACAACACGCUGGACAGUAAUGGCCAUAUUGUUCUAACGAGCAUGCACAAGUACCAGCCACGGAUCCACGUCAUCAAGGCGUCCGAUGCGACACAGAUUCCUUGGGCACCGCAGCAAGCGUUCACCUUCCCCGAGACGGAGUUUGUCGCCGUUACCGCAUAUCAGAACGACCGCAUCACCAAGCUAAAGAUCGAUAACAACCCGUUUGCGAAGGGCUUCAGGGAGACGGGCCAGUCGCGGUGCAAGCGCAAGGCCGGUCUCAUGAUGUCACCCGACUCCGGCAUCGGUAGCCGCAGCUCGGAGGAGGAUGAAGAGUCGGACGGACCGGAGUCGGGCCCGGAGGCGAAGCGACCGCGUACCAGUAGCCUCGCCGGAUCGCUAUCAUCCCUCGACGACAGCGAACUGUCCGUUAGCGAUGGGUCUUCCAGUGGCACGAGCUCCCCGUUGGUGGUGGACGACUUUGGGUCUCCGGCACGCCCGAUGGCCGCUAGCUUCUAUCCGCACCAUCAUCCACAUGCGCACCACUCGGGGCUAUCGCUGCACGCCGCUCAUCAGGGCCUGCUCGCUCAUCCACACAUGCCCCACGGACAUCCGAUGCUCCAGGCAGGCGCCGGAAGCUGGGUAGAUCUCAUGUUUCCCUCGUUCGCCCGAACUCACGGAUCGGGCAGCCUCGAGCCGAGCGCCCUUGCCCAAGCCGCCCAUCAGCUACAGCAGUUUGCGCGACGUGAGUUCCUACCGGUGCCGGUGGUUUCUCCCAAAGCGGCCAACAUCGCCACCGAGGAGGACAGCACUAGCACCAGCCAUCCGAACGACAAGAAGCAGCAUCAGCAACAUCAGCUUCCCUUCAGCAUCUCGGCCAUCCUCGGUCACGAUCGAUAG